AUGUCAGCCGCCGUGGCGUGUCUGGACUACUUCGCCGCCGAGUGCUUGGUGUCCAUGUCCGCGGGCGCCGUGGUUCACCGCCGCCCGCCGGACCCCGAGGGCGCGGGCGGAGCCGCAGGCUCGGAGGUGGGUGCGGCGGCGCCGCCGGAGUCCGCUCUGCUGGGUCCGGGGCCACCGGGGCCCGCGUCGGUCCCCCCGCUCCCCCAGGUCCCCGCCCCCAGCCCCGGCGCGGGCGGCGCCGCGCCCCACCUGCUGGCUGCAAGCGUCUUGGCUGACUUGCGCGGCGGCUCUGGGGAGGGCUUCGGGGAGAACUCCGGGGAAGCUCUGCGCGCCUCGCUCGGCUCCUCCGGCCCGACCCCGUGCUCCGGCCCACCCCUGUGCUCGGAGCCGGCCCCGGCCUCCAGCGCGGCCGAGGUCUCCGCGCCCGCGCGCUCCUCUGGCGCGCUUGAGGUCCCCGGUGCUCCUGCCGUCCGCGGAGCGCCUGCCGUCCUGGCCGCCGUCUCUGGCGCGGGCCCUGGAGUGGGCCCCGCCCCCGCCACGGGCCCAGUCCCCCGUCGGAGGCCUGUCACACCUGCUGCCAAGCGCCACCGCUGCCCCUUCCCGGGCUGCAACAAAGCCUAUUACAAGUCGUCGCAUCUGAAGUCCCACCAGCGCACCCACACGGGUGAGCGCCCUUUCUCCUGCGACUGGCUCGACUGCGACAAGAAGUUCACGCGCUCCGACGAGCUGGCCCGCCACUACAGGACGCACACGGGCGAGAAGCGCUUCUCCUGCCCCCUCUGCCCCAAGCAGUUCUCCCGGAGCGACCACCUGACCAAGCACGCCCGCCGCCACCCAGCCUAUCAUCCCGACAUGAUCGAGUACCGGGGGCGCCGUCGCACCCCCCGCGUCGAAGCGCAACCCGCCAGCCUGGUGGACAGCUCCGGCUCCGUCCCCGGCCAGGCGCUCAACCUCAGCCUGUCUGACAGUCAUUGCUAUUAGUCGUCCCCUCAAGGAUGAUUCCCCCAGGCCGUUGUCCCUGCCUUCUCUCUGCCCAUCCCUCUUUCCCAGAGUCGUUAGCCAAAGGCACAGACUGGUUCCUCCGCUCUGAGGGUGGGUCCAGGCAGGCAUGUUGGACCCUGGGGAGGGACUGGGGGCCUGAAAAUAACAGGAAUUCUUACAACACCUAUAUCAUCCUAAAAGGGGGGGUUGCCUCAAGACAGCCCCCAGGAACUGGUGAGAAGGGAUGAACCCGGGUACUCUCCAGAGUCCUGAAGAUUUCUCCCUUCCCUGGAAGCAGAGAUGUGAAACUGGAAUUCUCAGGUGCCUGAGGAGCUCCCAGUCUUAAAGGACUCUGGUGUCUUACCCACCCACCAGGGCGGACCUUGGAGAG